AUUUGCGUGACUCUAAUAAACAGCAGACUGCUCACUUUGCAAGCUUUGCCCUCCUCCUUCCUUCUCUUUCUUCUUCUCUCCUUUUCAUUUCUGUUGUAUGUUUCUCUGGGUUGAACUCCAUGAACUAACAAUCAGCUCAUCAGCCAUGCCUUUGGCGAACAUGUCUGGGUCAAAGUGGAGGCUGGUACUCAUUGCUCUCCUUAUUUGUGCCUUAAUCUUCGAGUUGGAUGCCCAAGAGCAGAAGGCUGUUCCAGGAAGGACACCAAAGCCAAGAAAACCAAAGCAUGAGAAGUCAACAAACAAAGGGCCCAGAGCUGUAACAGUCAGACCAAAGGUCAAAGCUGCACGUGCAGAGCAGACCCUCCUCACGCAGGUGUUAAACAAAGGCAAGUUUAAGAAGGUGCGUGAGACCAUAAAUGUGCAAACAGGAGAUACUCUGGAGCUGAGGUGCAGGGGCAAACCUGUGCAGUGGAGCGUCCCCCCGUACCUGGAGGAGGAUGAUGAUGGGAGGCUCAGAAUUGUUCAGUAUGAGCGAUAUGGGCUUCUGACGUUGGUCAACACCACUGGUGCAGACACGGGGGAGUACACAUGCUACCCAAUGUACUGUGAAGACACUGACUGCAGGAGGGAAUACAGCAAAGCUGUUAAAGUCUUCGUCUUCUUUCCAGAUCCACAAGAACUAUUUGUUCCAUCGUCUGACUAUUACAAGGUGAUUCAGCUGAGGAGCAACUGGCCUACAGUCCUACCCUGUCAGGUGACGUCACCUGAGGCAAAAGUAACUCUGCACCGUGAGUACCCACCUGUGGAGGUGGAUGUGGACAGGAGGGAGAUCUCCUUUGAUGUCAAGAAGGGCUUCACAAUCCAUCGACCUCGGCCAUAUCAUGCCGGAGCUUUGUACUGUGUUGCCAGUCUGGGAAACUUGAGGCAGAGCUCUAUAAAGUACAUGCUCAUCUAUGUUAACUAUCCUAGGGCUCCUCCCGCUCCAGUGAUCCAAGCAUCACCGAGCACAGUGACUGUGGGGGAGAACCUACGUGUCACCUGCUCUGCGAUGGGCGAACAAGACGUGGCCAUAGAGUUCACCUGGGAUUACCCAGGACAAGAGAUUGGGAGACCUCCGUACACACAGGAGAGCAUUAUUCCGGUCAGUGGAAGAACUGCUCAGCAGCAGUCUCAGUCUGUGCUCCUCGUGGAUGAAGUUAGAGACGUGGACCAGGGAACCUACACCUGCACUGCUCAGAACAUGCAAGGAGCCAAAUCAGUAUCCACCACCAUUAAAGUGGUCCCUAAACCCAAACCUAAGAAACCAUAAGUUGGACGACAUUACACAGAGAAAGUCGUGGUGAGAGAUCACAGCUGGGAUUUGACUCUGUCGGAGCAUGAAAUGUUUUUUCUUUUUUUAAAAAUAUAAACGAUCACAACAAAACAUUACAGUCUCCAAACUUUAUUGCUCAAGAAGAGAAAUGUCUUUGUUUAGAUAAAUGUUUGUAUAUUAAACUUUUAUUUCCAUACACUCACAA